AUGGAUGCCAUUGAUGAGCUGCCCGCAGAUGACAUGAAAGUUCUUUACAGAGCUAUUUUGAAUCUUUUCAACGAAACUGAGAAUUAUUUGAGCAAGCAAGGAAGAUCCUAUGCUGCAUAUUAUGUGAAGGAAGAAUUUAAAGAUUUGGUGAGAGCCUACCGUGUAGAGGCACUUUGGGCAGAUAAAGGCCAUGUCCCAACAUUCGACGAGUACGUGCGGAAUGGAUUAACCACAAGUGCUUAUGGGGUAAUUAUGGCAGUAUCCUUCCUGGAGAUGGAAGAAGUUGCAGGAGUGGAGGAAUAUGAAUGGCUAAGAAAUAAUCAAAAAAUUGCUAGAGCCGCAUGUAUGAUCGGUCGUUUAAUGAAUGACAUAGUAGGCCACGAGGCUGAACAAAAGAGGGGAGAUUGUGCAUCUAGUGUCGAAUGCUAUAUGAAACAAUAUGAUGUUUCGAAAAAGGAAGCAAUUGAAGCGAUUCAAAAGAUAGUUGCAAAUGGAUGGAAAGACGUUAAUAAAGAUUGCAUAAGGCCAACUACUAUCCCCAUGCUUCUCCUUCAACAGUAUCUCAACCUUAUUCGAGUGACCGAUGUUAUGUAUAGGGGUGAUGACGAUGCAUACACAAUUCCCUCAAGUUUGAAAGAUUAUUGCACUUCAUUGUAUCUUGAGCAAGUAGCCAUGUAA